AGCUUCUUCUUCCUGCUCCCACCUGGCUUCGUCUUUUUCCUCAUCCAAUUCCCUCAGAUCCGAGCUCUCCCUCGAUCCCGUAUCGCCACCAUGUCGAUCAGCGAGCUUGCCUGCACUUACGCCUGUCUCAUCCUCCACGAUGACGGCAUUGCCAUCACUGCCGACAAGAUUGCAGCUUUGGUGAAGGCUGCUAACGUGUCCGUAGAGGGAUACUGGCCUUCUCUAUUCGCGAAGCUAUGCGAGAAGAGGAGCGUCGAUGACCUUGUCACCAAUGUUGGAGGUGGUGGUGGUGGUGCAGUCGCUGUGAGUGCAGCACCUGCUGCUUCCGCUGCUGUUGAGGCACCCAAGGAAGAGGAGAAGAAGGAAGAACCGAAGGAGGAGAGUGAUGACGACAUGGGCUUCAGCUUGUUUGAUUAGAGUUGCCCAAUGGGUUGUGUUGGAUCUCGUUCAUGCCAAGUUCUGAAUCACUCAUUUUAAGGGUAUAAUCAUCAAUUCUUAAUGCCCAGGAGGUUCUCGAUGGUGGCAUCUUGUCUUACAUUGAUUUUGCCUUCGCAAAUCUCCGACAUUGGUCACCACCCUUGUAACCUAGAGAUAUGAAAGUAAACAAUGGUUGGGUUGCCUUGUGAUGACGAGGCGGAAAAUUCCAUAAAGCCUACUUCACAUAAUCUUCUGAUCA